UGUAGAUCACCAAGGUGCUGGUAGGAUAUUAUUUGUGACCCCUAACUACUCUAAACUCCCUGUUUUCGUCAACUUCUAAACAGAUAAAAUGUCCGGCUGUUCUGUAUUGGGAAUUUUUAUCUUUUCCGAUGUUCAACACAAGACUUGCAAAUCGAGUUCUCUGUAUUUGAGGAGCAGAUAAAACACAGAUAAAGUUUGUGUUAUCUCUAUGCCGAGUGCAAUACUGGGUAAAUGUUUGUCUGUACCCGAUUAGAUCCAGAUUUCCCGUUUGUUGUGGUCCUGUCUGUCCCCAUUUGCUGCCCAGAUUUACCAGAUUAAACCACUACAUGGAAAUAGUACGAACGUAGCUCCUAGAUUCACCAUGCAUCUUUGCAUCCUUGAGUUGCUAAUUAUUUUAACUGUUGUACUGUUGUCUGGAGUCAAAACACAAUCGGUCUGUCCCCCACAAUGCUUUUGUUCCUACCCGGAAACCGUAGAGUGCUCCGGAAGGAAUUUGACCACCAUUCCGAAUAUGAUGGCUACUGAUAUUAAAAAGCUAGACCUCAGCAUGAACAAUCUGACAUUGCUACCGGAUCAUGCCUUUUCACGAUACAAACACCUAAAAGCCCUACGACUGGCCGGAAAUGGAAUAUCCUCAAUAUCUGAAUCAGCAUUUUUUUACUUGCACAAUUUGGAGUCCUUGUUCCUUAUGGGGAAUAAUUUAACGUCUCUCCGUAGUUCUAUUUUUCGGCAUCUCUACAGACUAACAGAACUGUUUUUGGAUGCCAAUAAGAUCACAGCCAUAUCUAGUAGCGCUUUUGACGGUCUAUUUGGGUUAUUGUUUCUACGAUUGGACGCCAAUAAUCUCACGGAGAUUCCACAGGAAGCUCUGGCCAGACUAGAAAGACUUCAAGCGCUAGAUUUGUCUGUCAACAAAAUUCAGCAAAUUGAAGACUUUGCAUUUUCUAACAACACUAACCUAGGGUCAUUGGCUCUCCAUGACAAUAGGAUAUCUUUGAUUCGUGACCAUGCUUUUGAGGGACUUAAUGUACUCACUAGUUUAGAAUUACAACGGAAUCGACUGACGCACGUCCCCGCGGGAAUCAUGACCCUCCCCGACCUCAUGGACCUAAAUCUUGAGAAUAAUCGAAUCCAGUUUAUACCAAGUCACGUGUUUCAGCUGAAUAAAAACCUAAGAGACAUUAAACUCCGCGGCAAUCCUAUAUCAUCCUUCGGCCGCAACACUUUCCAGGGACUUCAUUAUUUGAGGGAAUUAACAAUAUCGGAAGCCCGCGACCUGGAACAUUUCCCUAACGUCACAGGCUGUAUGAGUCUACAGCUUCUAAGACUGGACAGAGCUAGUAUUUCUGAAGUACCAGCAGACCUUUGCCGCACACUUCCAGAUCUUUUCACGCUAGAUUUGCAUUCCAAUAAAUUAUCUAGGAUUCCAAACUUAGAAAACUGUUACAAUCUUAAGCAAUUAAACCUCGGCAGCAAUAAGAUAACAUCUCUGGAAGGAAGUCCAUUUGUGAACGCCACUCGUUUACAAGACCUGACAUUAUCUCAUAACUUCAUACCCUAUAUUGGAAACAGUGCAUUCAAAGGCCUGAGGAAACUAGAGUACUUAGAUUUACAGUCCAAUCGGAUAACAGGGAUAGAACCACGUGCUUUCAAGCCUCUAGAAUCUCUUAUUGAUUUAAACCUAGCAGAGAACACCUUUUCAAGACUUCCUACAGAGGGUUUGAACCGUCUUAAAUUUCUGAAGACGUUUCACAACACAAACUUGCAGGAACGCAUCGAUCCUGAGAACCUCCCUAACAUUCAGAACCUUGUUUUAUCUUAUGCCUAUCACUGCUGUAGCUUCAUCAACGCCAGAAAGGCCGAUUUUGAUUUCAAGGGUGGAUCAAAGGUUACAGUAGACGAAGAAGUGAUUUGGUUGCAUACUCCAAAUAAAACAGAUCACAGUUUGUGGGACCACCAGACAUUUUUCUCUCUCGAAAAUCACACCCUGAACUUCCCUAACUAUUUUGAGGAUUACGACAUACAAUUCCCCACAUUUGACGGGGACAAUAAGAUUCCCUCCCUGGAGGCCAUUCCGACAGAUUCCAUGGCACGAGUUCACCCCCCAAUCAAGUGCACACCUGUACCAGGUCCCUUCCUGCCCUGUGAUGACCUCUUUGGAUGGUGGUCCCUCCGUUGUGGGGUGUGGAUUGUUUUCCUCUUAGCUGUUUUGGGAAAUGGAAUAGUUCUAUUUGUCUCAAUUACGGCCAGGUCUAAGAUGUCCAUGGAUGUCCCGAGAUUUCUUAUUUGUAAUUUAGCCUGCGCAGACUUCAUGAUGGGAGCUUAUCUUGGAAUAUUGGCCAUUCUUGAUGCGUCGACACUUGAUGAAUUUCAGUUUUACGCUAUAAAAUGGCAGCGGUGUGGCGGUUGUCUUACUGCUGGUUUCCUGGGUAUAGUCUCAAGCAUGCUGAGUGUCUUCACUCUAACUGUGAUCACUGUGGAGAGAUUCUAUGCCAUUUCUAAUGCAAUGCAGCUGAACAAACGAAUACGGCUCAAACAAGCAGGAAUAAUAAUGACGGUUGGGUGGAUUUUCUCGAUUACCAAUGCCAGUUUGCCUUUUUUUGGAAUCAGUGACUAUAGGAAAUUUGCCAUAUGCCUUCCAUUUGAAACAUCAGAUAAAGCUUCCUUAGCGUAUGUGUGUUUUCUGAUGUUUUUCAACGCUGUGUCUUUCAUCAUCAUUGUGAUUUGUUAUAUUAAGAUGUAUUGUUCCAUCAUGGGAUCCAACGCAUGGAAUUCCAAAGAUUUUCGUAUUGCUAAACGAAUGGCUAUCCUCGUAUUCACAGAUUUUCUGUGCUGGGCUCCAAUUAUUUUCUUCUCUAUAACUGCCGCCUUCGGAAAGAAUCUAAUCGGUCUGAAUGAGGCAAAAGUGCUGACUAUCUUUGUUCUACCUUUAAACAGCUGUGCAAAUCCAUUUCUUUAUGCCAUUUUCACAAAACAGUUUAAAAGGGAUUGCGUGAAAUUGUGUAGAAGAAUUGAAGAAUCUUCUUUGACUCGCAGUUUUUCAAAUCUUAAUAGCCGAAGAGUAUCCUUUGGUUCGUCUUGGAGACAAUCUCAGUUUCAGAGUCCAUUCCAAACAGAAAAACGUAGCAGUAUUACGAAUUCAGUAUCUGGUGGCAGCGUUGGAGUGGGAACUGGUCAGCAACAGGAAACUAACAGUGGCUUGUUCGAAAACAACGAAAAAUGUAAAGUGGGUGAAAUGAGAUUUAGUAUUGCUGAGAAUAAUCAUCAAAAAGAAACGAGAUUACCCGAGCUUGUCAAUCCAAAUGUUGUAACUUCGUCAGUUGGCGGUACUGGUCAGGAUACAGCUAUCGUCAUUCAUCUAAAUGACCAGAGUGACCAGAUGUUGCAAGUUCAUACGAAAGAAAGUGAAAAGUGUCAAAUAGAUUCGAACAGCAAAUCCCAUCCAAAACGGCUGCACACUCGUGCGACUCAGAUAAGGAGUGCCGCGGAUGAGGACGUGUCGUCGGAAGAGGAUAAUGAUGAAACACUGCUUAGGCAAGUUACCGAUAUGCCAAAACGUUCUUUUAUGGAUCAUUUUAAGAAACGCAAGGUGAAAAAUGAUUCACUUGGUUUGACUUCUUUAUUGAUAAAACAGCAUGGACGAUCUGCACCCAAUGUUCAAAUGCCCGAAAACAAAGGAACUCUUCUUCUACCGACGACAAGCAGCACUGAUAAAACUUCACAUAUAAAUGAAUGGAGAAAAUCUUCACAUUUGAAUUACAUAUGGAGCAAUUCGCAGGACAUGGAACAAAAGUUUCCAUCUUAUAAAUCUAACAGUUUAGUAGACUUAUCCUUCGCCAAAAAGGGAUUUGAAGGAUCUCCAUGCAAGAGGCGAAGUUUAUCGUCACAUCAUGAGGGGUAUUUGAUGUUGAAGAACAGUAACAGAGAUUCUGCAUACGAGGAUGAAGAGGAAAUGAUAGAAUAUAAUAACUGCAAAACAUUUAAAGUGAGUCACUCCAAACCUGUGACUCCUCAACAUACGUCGCAUUUACCUUACUCUGACGAAAAGUUCGAACUUCAAAACUGUGAGAAAAGACAAACGAUGGGUGACGUCUGUCAAUCAAAUGCCAGCGAACGCAGUCAGUUACUUUCCGUGUCAAACACUUGUUCCCCGAGACGCGAAGUAUGUGAUAAAGAAAGUGGUUUUAGUUCCGAGGCUUAGUUUCAUUAUAAAGAGUAUAAUAUCGUCAUUACUCGGUGCUGAAAAUUUGUAAGCCGAGUGUUCAAUAAAUAAGAAAAUACAGUAGUUUCAAGUCUUAGUUGCUUACAUGGCUAAUACAAUUAAAAAAGAUUUCUUUAAAAACUAAAGUUGCAUCAGAAU